GAUGAUUUAGCUUUACUGUCGAUAUUAGAUGAGAAAACUAUAGUAGAAAAUUUGAAGCAAAGAUAUAUCAAAAAUGAAUUUUAUACGUAUAUUGGUGACAUAUUAUUGUUUAUUAACCCGUUUAAAACUGUCGAUAUCUAUGGAAAAUCGGAUCACAAACAGUACACCAAUGUUUCAGUCCGCAGUAACUUAAAACCCCACAUAUUCUGGAUAGCCGAUCACACGCAUCUUCGCAUGCUUAGUUCACACAAAAGUCAAAAUAUAGUUGUCAGUGGAGAAUCGGGAUCUGGAAAAACAGAAAGUGUGAAGCAUAUGAUAAGCCAUGUCACUUAUAAGAGUGAGAGCAUUCAUCCAUUUUUGGACGUCAAAAUAAAUGAGGUUAAUCCGUUGUUAGAAGCGUUCGGAAAUGCACAGACCUUAAUGAACGAUAAUUCCAGUCGAUUUGGUAAAAAUCUUGAGCUGAAGUUUACUAGUAAAGGGAAAUUAGCCGGUGCUGUAUUAACUGAUUACUUACUGGAAAAGAGUCGUGUUGUACAACAUGGUCCUGGUGAAAGAAAUUUUCAUAUUUUUUACUAUUUGUUUGCUGGAAUGACCAAGGACGAGUUGAGGAAUUAUAGCUUAGGUCAUCCGGAAGAUUUCAGAAUAUUACGAAACGAUAACAGAAAUCGCCCUGUAUUUAAAAGCACACGAGAUUUAGAAAAUAGUCGUUUAAUGUUUCACAAACAACUAAAUGUCAUGAAAUUAGUUGGAUUUACAGACUGGGAAAUAUCUAUGGUAUUUACUGUAUUGUCAGCAGUUCUACAUGUUACCAAUAUAGUCUAUAUUAAAGAUGAGAAAACAGAAAAGGCUAGAUUUGCGGAUUUAAAGAAUUUAGAAAUUGUGGCAGUGCUUCUGCAAAUUGACAUUGUAGAUUUAAGUGACGUCCUGAUUUCCUCAGCUAACUAUACAAGGGGUGAGCGAUUGGUCAUUCACAGAACAGUCGAACAGGCCGCGGAAAGUCGUGAUGCCUUGGCUAAAGCUCUUUACAGUCGUUUAUUUGGCUGGAUUGUCAGACAAAUUAACACAAGACUUAAACCUGAUAAAGAAUUCAGGUACAUUAAAUAUUCAGGACCAAGCCUGGGAAUUCUUGAUAUGCCAGGGUUUGAAAAUCUGAAGAUCAACAGUCUUGAACAGCUGUGUAUAAAUGUUGCUAAUGAACAAAUGCAGACAUACUUUAAUGAGCACGUAUUUGUUUUGGACCGACAAGAAUAUGAACGUGAAGGAUUGUCAUGGAAAAAUAUUCAAUAUCGGAACAACAACGAUUUGCUGAAUUUGUUCAUGAUGAAACCGCUGGGUAUUUUUGCACUAAUGGACGAAGAAAUUAGAUUUCCAAGAUCAACUGAUUCAUCAUUAGUGGAGAAAAUCACCACCCAUUGCAAAAAUACGAAAUUAGUGUCAAAAUCAAAGAGUGGUGAUUUGGCAUUUUGUGUUCACCAUUAUGUCGGAACGGUUGAAUAUCAUGCAGCAGGAUUCUUGGAGAAGAACAGAGAUAAUUUAAGUAUAUGUAUAGUAGAUUGUAUGAAAUCUAGUCAAAGCCAAUUGAUCAGCGAUUUAUUCAAAGCCAAACUAUCUAGAACGGGAACUAUAUCAGGUUUUAUUGCAUUUUGUGCCACGAUACCGUUACAAAGAAUCUAUAACAAACACCGUUUGGCAAACAAACAAGUGAUUUUUUAUCACAAAAAGAGGUUUGGCCAAAAAUUGACUAAUGUUUUAUGUUCAAAUUGCAGGUAUGACAGAUCUCUGAAAAACCAAACAACAGUUGCACAAUACUUCAAGAAUUCCUUGGUGGAUCUUAUGACUCGGAUGAACUCGUCUGAUCCCAGCUUUGUAAGGUGUAUCAAGCCAAAUGAUCAGAAAGUACCAGAAAAGUUCCAGCAUGACCAGGUUGUUAACCAACUGCGUUCGAGUGGGGUAUUUGAGGUCAGCCGCAUACGACAAACAGAUUAUCCUAUUAGAAUGGCCUUUGGCAAGUUCAUUGACAGAUAUAAGAUAAUUGGAUUUCGACCAAAUAUGUAUGUGGAGCCCAAGCCUAUUAACUGUGUUGCCAUACUGAAGACAUUGGGACUUUCUGAUUUUGAAACAGGACAGACCAAGGUCUUUCUACGUUAUUCACAUUUAGACAGAUUAAAUGAGUACCUUCAAGAACUAGACAGAAAAGCUACCAUAAUUCAAGCCCGUGUUCGAGGUUACCUGUGCAGAAAGCACAAUAAAGUAAACCAUGCUCGCAAAAAGAUGGAGGAAAUAGCAUUUGAAGCCUAUAAGCAGAGAAAUAGAGAAAGCUUUAAUGAGAAAUUGAAACAGACACUACAUAAUCUAAAAGAUGACCAUGAUUUAAAUGUAAUUUUUUUCUCCGUUUCUUGUGGCUUUGGUUUGAGUAUGAGUAUGAGUCCUAUCUGCAAACUGUGGGAAGAAAACGGUCAAUUUACUUCCAAAAAUACAUCAAAUACAUCAUUAGGUAGUGUUGGAGAAGUGAUGAAUUUCCAACCAUGGGACCUGUUCAAAACAGUUUCUCGGAGAAGCGAAACUAUUUAUGAAGCAUCAACAAAUUGGUUUGAAGUAGCGGCCAAAACUCUGAAAGUAUUUGCAUACCUGUGUAUAUUUAUUUGUGUAUUAACCAGUGCCUUAGCCAGUAAAGGGAGUUUAUUAUUGAUGACCCAUGCUAUUGGGAAUGUCAAGCAGAACAGAGAUAGAUGGGUUUAUAUGGUUAUAGCAGUAAUGUGUCUUCCAUAUUUGGUAUCGUUUAUGGAAUGUCUGUUUAAAGUAAUGUUUGGAAAUUAUCCCAGACCAUCUAUAGGAAACUUAUCAUGGAUUCUCAUGAUAGAAAGUAUCCAUUCUUUAGGUUUAUGUUUAUUCAUGUUUAGAGUGUUACCAUGUUUAGAUACAGUACGAUCUUUACUUUUAAUGAAUGCAUUGUGUUCAGUGCCUGCCAUUCUAAGACUGUUUGCCACCAAAAGAUCAGAAGAUGCCAGACGUAAAAUAACUACAGUUAUAUUGGAUUUUCUGUCUGUUUGUAUGCAGUUAUCGGCCUUUGUUAUAGUCAUGGUUUCCAUGAAAUCCGAAUGUGUUAAAACUGCAGGCGAAGAUGUUGAAGACUCUGUCGAUGUUCCUAAAGUUGUUCCACCACCACCACAAAGUCUUCCACAAACCUCUGCUUGGUCAUCUACUUAUGCUCUUUCAGACAUGUCUUGGGAAAUACCACUAGCUUUAGUUUUAAUUUCUGUGAACUGGUGGGAAAACUUUGUUGAUAAAGACUUUCGAUUAGGAUGCAUUCAAAUACCAGUUAAAGAUUACAAGGAUACCCUUCAUAAAGUCCGUGUCAAAUCGUAUUUGAUUGCAAAUUUAUGGAAAGUCGGUCUUACUUUUGGAUUUGCCUUUUUAUUAGUGCCUAAUUUGAGUAUGUAUGGCCUAAAUGAGACUGUAUGUAGCCGCAUCCCCUCCGAUCCAUGGCGAAACUGGUUCACAUACAUGCCUUUACUGCUUCAAGUUUGUGCUUCUGGAUUGUGUUAUUACUUCGCAAGGUUGGCUUGUAAAUUGUGUAUGCAACGGUUCUCAUUUGCGAUACCACUAAGCUUGGCUACACCUGUUGCUGUUGCAAGUAUCAUAACUGUGUGUUAUUUAAGACCGGAGAAAACAGUUCUAAUGGAUGAUUUUCUUAUGUGGGCUUGUAGUGAAAAAGAAACACAUGAUAAAAAGUGGCUUAUAUGGCAUCUUGGAUUAGGUUUUGGAUUAUGGUGGGCUUCGCAGUUGUGGAUUACUAGGUACAUUUGGACACCAAAAGCGCCAAGAUUGGCUUUUACAGAAAGGCUGUUUAUUCUACCUUUGUACUGUGGAGCAUUGAUCGAACAGUCUCUACUGUUAAACAGGCGACGCAAUGAUAAGGAAAGAAUACUCAAAGAACUUGCUUUUAAUGACGAUGCUUCGAUGGACAGCAACUCUACUGAUGCAAUGCGAAAGCAACGGGAGCAGAUUGUACCCAAAAUUUACGUCUGUGCUACAAUGUGGCAUGAAACAGAAAACGAAAUGAUACAAAUUCUAAAAUCGUUAUUCCGACUAGACAUCGAUCAGAGUGCAAGAAGAAAUGCUCAAGAUUACUUUAGUGUUCAAGAUCCUGAUUUUUACGAAUUCGAAGCCAAUAUUUUUGUGGAUGAUGCUAUGGAAGUGAAUGAAAAAGGGGAAUGGAUGCCAAAUACCUUCGUUACUCAACUGGUUGAUUUGGUCGAUGAGGCUGCAAGUGCAAUUCACGAAAGCGAAAUCAAGCUAAUGGCUCCAGUAAAAAUUCCUACUCCUUAUGGUGGACGACUAGUUUGGACCUUACCUGGUGGUAACCUCCUUAUUGCUCAUAUAAAGGAUCGAUUGAAGAUUAGACAUAAAAAGAGAUGGUCACAGGUUAUGUACAUGUACUACCUUCUGGGUUAUCGACUACUUGGUCAACAAGAUGAUGCCAUGCAAAGCAACUCUACUCUCGAUAGAGAAGAAAAAUGGAGAAACUCUGCUACCCAUUUCGUGAAAGGAAACCUGUUUAAAUACAUACCAGAGAAAGUUCUCGUCCAGGCUGAAAACACGUUUGUCUUGGCGCUUGACGGUGAUGUUGAUUUUAAACCUCAUGCUGUUCAACUUCUGGUGGAUAGAAUGAGAAAAAGCAAGAAAGUAGGUGCGGCAUGUGGUCGAAUUCAUCCCAUAGGAUCUGGGCCUAUGAUAUGGUAUCAGAUAUUUGAAUAUGCAGUUGGUCAUUGGCUUCAGAAAGCUGCUGAACAUAUGUUGGGCUGCGUGUUGUGCAGUCCCGGGUGUUUCUCUUUAUUCAGGGGAUCAGCACUGAUGGACGAUAAUGUAAUGAGAACCUAUGCGACUAGAUCAUCUGAAGCAAGGCAUUACCUACAAUACGAUCAAGGUGAAGAUAGGUGGUUGUGUACCCUAUUAUUACAACAAGGUUAUAGAGUAGAAUAUUGUGCUGCUUCAGACGCUAUGACACAUGCUCCUGAACGAUUCAAAGAAUUUUUUAAUCAACGACGAAGAUGGAUUCCCUCUACAUUGGCUAACAUCAUGGAUCUUUUACAGAGCUACAGAACAACCGUGAAAAUAAACGACAACAUAUCCUAUUUAUACAUGGCAUAUCAAGGAUUGUUAAUGUUGUCUACUAUAUUAGGACCUGCUACUGUUUUGCUUAUGAUGGCUGGUGCCUUUAAUGCAGUAAUAAGGACAAGUCUUUGGCAGUCGUAUUUACUCGCUGUUGGACCUUCGGUAUUGUAUCUAAUUGUUUGCUUUAUAGCAAAAUCUGAAACGCAGCUGAAUGUAGCAGCUAUUUUGAGUGCUAUCUACUCUUUACUUAUGAUGGCCGUUGUUGUUGGCACAUUGGUCCAGAUUGCAGAAGAUACAAUUGUCAGUCCAAACGCCGUGUUCCUGUUGAUGUUACUAGCUAUCUUCAUUAUAGCUGCCUGUUUCCAUCCUCAAGAGUUCAUAUGUUUGCUACCAGGUGCCUUGUACUUUUUAUGCAUUCCUUCUGGCUACGUUUUGUUGAUGUUGUAUGCUAUGUGUAAUCUGCACGUAGUUUCAUGGGGUACUAGAGAGACGGCACAUUUGGCACAUCUGAAGCCACUACCGAUGGAGCAUAUGCCAAUAAAGAUACUACGACAGGUGAUGGAGAAAUUGGACAAGGUCGAAGCUGGAAUAAAAACCGUUUCAACAGGCACUUCAAGUUUUCAACAACAACGACGGAGAUCAUCAUCGCGAUCUAGACGAUCUAAACGUUCUAAUAUUAAUGAUAUAGAGGAAGAAGAGGCAGAAAAUGGCGACGCUUCUGAAACGAGUACGUCAUCUGAUGAAGAAGAACACAUGUUUGAAGAAGAACGUGAUGAAUUGAUCAAUCCGAAAUGGGUAGAAGAUGUCGGUUUACGAGGUGGUGAAGUUCAGUAUCUUCCAGUCCGUGAGAUCGAAUUCUGGCAGAGAUGUAUUGCUAAAUAUCUUCAUCCUAUAGUCAAAGAUAAAAAUCACGAAGCUAAAGUCUCCGUGGACCUUAAAUCAAUGAGAAAUAACGUAGCAUUUGCAUUUUUCAUGAUGAACGCCUUCUGGAUGAUAAUCAUUUUCAUGUUGCAAAGUGUUAAAGAUAAAGUCAGCAUCCCCAUUCCAAGACCUAACAACAAAGACCUACCAAUUGAACCACUUGGUCUGGUGUUCUUGAUCGUGUUUGCCUUCAUUCUUCUACUGCAAUUUGCCGCUAUGUUAAGACAUCGUUACGGAACACUCUUACACAUACUUGCUUCUACUGAUCUACGAUGCUGCCGGAAACGAUAUGAUCCAAAGAAACAUAUUCGCAGGGCUGUCGAAUAUGCUAGAGAGCUGCAAAGGCUACAUGGUUUUGAUGAAGAUCUAACGGAUCAAGAUUACGAUUAUCUAAGUUCAUGCGAAGGAAGACCAAAUAUGCCUAAUAAUUUUUACUCCACACCAAAUGGCUAUCAAAAUCAAGGAAGGUCUUUCGAUGACAGUGAUAUUCCUAAUGCAUCUGCGACAGAAAAUCCAUAUCCAAUUAUGUUAGACAACGAAGCUUUUAAUGACAGUAAUUUGGAUGAUAAUGGCCAUCCGGGAGGCGCCGUACGAAAACGUAGAAAUGGAAAACGCAGUCGGACUAUGGUUGACAAAAAUAACACUCUUCGUAGAGCAUUUGUGAAAAGAUAUACUAAAUUGCUAAGACAACAUGGUGAACCGGGAUCAGAAUCAAAUUUAAAUACGUUUUUAAAUAGCAACGGAGGUGCUCAAAAUGGAUCUGUCAGAGUUACACACAGAAACUCUGUACCAAAACGGGAAACUGCAGAAGACUUAGUAGCCAGAUUUAAUAAAUUAAAUAGGUGA